AUGUUAGCUGACUACGCCUGGGGCGCGAGCGCGUCAACGUCAUUUCCGUCACUUCACUUCUUCAGUUUUCUGCUAUUCUUUGGAAGGCAACAAACAUGCUGUCGUCGCGUGGUUCUCGCAGUGCUCGAACAACUGCCCAGCAAUACGAGAUUAUGGCCCGAUGCAUGCAAUCCAACGAUAAUUUAUUCCGAGGGGUAUUUUCGUCCAGAUAUACUUGUCAAGAUUGGGACCGAGAGGGAAGACUUAGCGGCCAGGCUGAAUGCUGUUGGAGGUGCCGUGAAAACUGUGCCGAAGUGGCGGAAGACAUGGCAGGACUGGAGGUCCUACGUAAAAGCUAAAGCUGCACGGAUCCGCGCUUGGCAGAACAGAAUUGGGGGCGGUCCGCCCUGCACUGAGAGGUUAACCGAUGCAGAAGAAAUUCUUGUUAGCCUCAUGGGAGACGUAUGCAUUGUGGGUGUCGCUACCACCCCAGAGGCUGGAAUUUCCCUGAUGGCCAAUGCUCUACCUGAACAACAGCCACCCGCUGCUGACCAUUUGGAGACAAACUGCGACGACGCAGUAAACGAGGGGCAGAAUGCAAUCGAGCAGUCGUCACAAGCAAUACAGAUAGCUUCUCAGGUGGAAGAGACUGAUACAGCAACAGCUCCCGACGAUGCUGCUGAUAUGAAUGCGUCGCAAGAUGGUGAACGACAGAUGUCACCGGAGGUGACUCAAGAACCCAGACACAGGAGGCGGAGCAGAAUAAGGGCCAUUAGACAGCAGUACCAGAAUGAAGUCGGCCAGAGCUUCCUAUCCCUUCAGACCAAACAACAAGAGCAGCUGGGCCGUAUAUACGGCUCGUUGACAGAACUUGUAAACGCGGUCAAUAGGGUCGCCGCCGCAGAGGAGCAACAAACUAUUGCUCUUCAAGAAAUUAUUGGACUCCUUACUGUAAGCACACAUUUAUUUUUGUACGCACUUUGGGUGCGAAGCAUACAAAACCUUUAGACUUCAUAAAGCAAUAUCACACUGCG